AAGAAUAUACAAAAUAUCACCUAGUAUAACUUCAAAGGUUCGUCCAACCCGGUAUUCAUUUCGACACUAUCCUCCUUAUACCACCCUGCCACCCUUGGGUGCACCAAUCCUCGCAGCUGCGCAGGUGUAUCGCCCCUAGCACCUUCUUAUCAACAUCUCCGAAGAGCCAGUCGCGCCAGAAAGAAGGCUUGGCUCCUUCGUACCUCUCCUUGCUUUUCGUUCCACGCGGACGUCGUCUUCAGGGACGAGUUCCCCUGACCGUGUCAUCACUUCGCAUCCUCCCGAAGGGCGAUCGCUGGACAAGACGAUGCGAUGGGCGAGGGAAAAAGCGACCGUUCCGGUAAAAGGCAAAGAUCCUCCUCUCGCGGUGUCGGCAAGUCAUCCCCGGAUUUCGAGAUAACGCAUGGUAAAGGCAAGGAGAAAAAGGGACGUAAGGGCAAGACUAAGGAGAGAUGGCCGUUUCUCGAGGGAUUGACGGUCGACGAAUUGGCUCGUUAUCGGAGAAGACGCGUGCAGGAUCGACCGAAGGACAAUCUUCAGUCAUAUCCAGAGUCAGGGGUCCAGCAGGAUUCUGCAUCUGAAUAUCGCCGCGCCUUCGGUGUAAAUGUUGAGGAACUUUCCAAGGAAAAUGUCUGGCCAAUAGAAGGAGGAAAGUCCGAGGAUUAUUCGGAGGAAACUCUCGAGGAUGCGCAAUCUUUGCAUCAUAUGGAUUUUCGAGAGCGCAAAACAAUCGAGGAUCCAUCCGCAAAAGAAGAGAAUGCCUUUGUUCAAUUGGGUCAAGGAAACGGGACGAUGGAAACACGAGUGGAAGCUCCGCACUUCGAGAUGUCGUUCAGACGACCGUCGCUUAUCAGAAGGGGUACUAGCUUAAAAUGCGGCGGGGAUUUCUAUACUGAUACGGAAACGUAUUCGGCGUACGUGCCUUAUGAGGGGCAGCAUCGUGCCGAGCUUGCGCGUCGACCUACGUCCUUGAAGAUGGAGGGUGACCUGGACACCAUGACAGAGAAAUGCGAGAAAUUUAUCGAAUGGCUGAAUGUUAGUCGACCGGAACUUAUGCGUAUACCCACUCACCUGAAGAUGGAGGGCGAGUUGGAGACAUCGACCGAAAAUCAGGACAAGUACGUUCCCUUUGUGGGAGCGCGGAGACCGGAAUUGUUGAGACGAGGCACAAAUUUGAAGCUCGAAGGAGAUACCUACUUUGUACCGGAAUACACUGAUGUGUUCAGAGAUUAUCAUGUCACAGAUAGACUGCAGCCGAAAAAGCCGCAAACGCAUUUAAAAGUUGAAGGUGAUUUUUUCCAAAACACAGAGAGCACUGAAAAUUUCGUUCAUCCUCGUAUCAAGCAGACGCAAGAAAUAGACACUAAACAGAUCAAAGAUGAUGAUGAUGAAGAAGAUAAAUGGAUAGAUGAUCAAGAAGAGAAGCAAAGAAAAGACGAAGAGAUGAGGAUAUUGGUGUCAAAGUUAGAAGAUCUGAAUGGUCGGCCGCUCGAAAUUCCGGAAUAUCGAGAUGCCUAUAAGGAUUUUCCACGCGAACGGCCCAAGUUCGCAAAGCCGGAUGACGAAAUAGGUCGCGCUGAUGGCUCAAAGGUAUCUUCGCCAUCGCGCUCUAAGUUUUCCAUGAAAAUCGAUCAAGACCCAGAGUACCAGUCUAAGUAUAUGGAUUAUCCGCGAGAUCGUCCUAUCUAUCGUAAGCCACCACCGAUAUUGCGACCGACAAACAUCUCUUCCGGUCGCAGUAGCGCGUGUUUCGGCAGACCAGUUCGUCAGGAGUAUCGUGCAUUCGAGUAUGAACCUACAAGUGAAGUGAGAUCUCAGUAUGUUCCUUACGGAUACAUACCAAGAGUCGAAACACUGAAAAUGCCGGCGAAUUUACGUUUGGAAGGUACCUUUGAUCUUCAACCUGAGUAUAGAAAUGCUUAUUGCGCGAAAUAUAAUCGUCAGGAAUGCACGGAACCUAAAACGAUCUAUGGUAGAGGCGAUCAUAGCCCAAACGUUACAAAAAGAAGAGAACAUUAUUGGUUGAGAGACGACAAUAGUGGUCAGUGCGAUAAAACGAUCGCUGGUCAAGAACAAAAUGCUUUUUGUGUAUUGGACACGCGAAUGCAUGAAGAUAAUGUCACUGGAAAACCACCGCCCGCCAGCAGAAGGAGCUCCAGAUUGUCUCAAACGAUGGUGCCAAGACCGACGCAGCUAGACCUGACGGAUCGCGCAGUUACCACAAGAAUCUCGCGAUCUCCUAGUCCAACAUAUCGAUUACACGUUUGUGACGUUGACAAUGAGCCGCGAGGUUUCGGUCGUAGACAAUCUCCCGGAAGGGGUGUUCGUAGUCCUUCGGUCGAUCGUACGAUUCAGGACGACAUCAGAUCUUAUUCGCCUAGCUUUGGCAGGAGCAGACAGGAUCGUCGCAUCAAUGAUCAACCAUUCGUAGUUUUAAAUAACGCAUCAAAAAACAUGUCGGGUAGAAGCGAAGUUCGCAGAAAGAAUCGCAUAGACAGAAAUGUCGAUGUUACGGUACCGAUUUCUCGAGGAAGACCCAGAACUCCGACCAGAUGGAUGCCACCAUGGUACGACAAUACAAAUACGAUCUAGAACUCUCGAUCAAGCAGAGUAUGUUGAAAAUAUGUGCUACCAUUACUGGUAAUUUGCUGCCUGAAAUUUCUAUGUUAUACGAAGAAUGUAAACCAGCGACAAAUGUAUGGAUACACUGCCUAUAACUUUGUAUGCAGAAUAACUGAAAUCAAUUGAUAAAAUCAAUCUUUGAAUAUUUAUAUAUUUAGAAACUAUUAAUCUUCCUUGCAGAGAUUCUUGAAGCAAAUGUUACAAAAGUCACAUUUUCUGCAAUGUAUUCGUAUAUGAACUGAUUUACUGUACUUAUAUCGUGUUUGUUAACGCUAAAUGAGAUUGUUUUAUUCUCAGCACGAGAUAAAAUGCAAUUUCUUUGUAUAUAAGAGAAAUAAAACUCAGAAUUAAUUACAUUCAGGACUAAAUGUAGAAUAUAUGAAUAGAGAAAAGAAAAGAGAGAGAGAGAGUAUUAUAUUCAUGUUAUAAAUUAUUUGUUGAU